UUGGUCCAUCCUACCUUCUUGUUCAGCAGUUUGGUAAGCAAAAGUUUUUUAAGUGUGCUUUAUAAAUCCAGUCAUGACAGAUGAGCAGAAGGCUCGGCUGUCCACUAAGAGGCCCCUCACCAAAGAGGAGUAUGAAGCCAGGCAGAGCGUGAUCCGUAAGGUGGUGGACCCUGAAACGGGGAGGACGAGACUGGUGAGAGGAGAGGGAGAGAUCAUAGAGGAGAUAGUCAGCCGGGAGAAACACAAAGAGAUCAACAAGCAAGCUACAAAGGGAGACGGGGACGCUUUUCAGAGAAAAUUGGGAAUCAACAGGUAGAAGAUAACAUCCCGUUCAGCUUUCUCAACCUGAGUACACCUUCACUAAACCGAAAUGACAGACUGCUGAAAGUAACAAAUAUUGAACAAAAUGUAUUUCUAGGGUGCAUUUUAUAUCAGAUGCCAAUGAUGCAAAAAUAAUACUGUGAUGGUCUCUUGAGGUACACAAGGUAGAAGUCAUUAUGUUGUUGUUUUUGUCAUCUUACAUCUGUGCUGAUCAGACUGAUGUGCAUUGCUGUGCAGAACACUCACAUGUGAGACUGGAUGUAAACAAUAAUGGUGCCCCUCCCCCCCCCGAGCCGAGCUGUAAUGGUUGGCAGAUGUAGUUGAGUAGACAGAAAAUUGUGCCUACAUGAAACUGCUGACAAGGAUGUUAUUUGUAUCCUGUUUUUGAAAAUCUUUAAUUUCUAUGAAAAGACAUUGCUACUGAUUUUUUUUUUGUUUUUUGUUUAAUACUUUGAGCAUCUAAAGCAAGUGUCAUUUAGUUCCAUUAUUAUAUUCCAUUUAUUGUGCAAGAAAAGCAUCUUAAAAUCUCUAAAACUUUGCUUUGAGUAAGGAUUAAUCCCGGAUAAACGUUCAAUUCAAGCUCUGUCUCAAAUUUUGUUUUACUUUGAUUUCUCUAAAUAAAACUUAAUUUCCUUGUAAAUAA